CAAAUCAACUCAGAGGGAUCAACCGCAAGAAGAAGAAGAAGAAGGAAGAGAAGCGAGUCGAUCGAUCCGCCGACCAGACAUGUUUCCCGGAAUGUUCAUGAGGAAGCCGGACAAGGCGGAGGCCUUGAAGCAGCUGAGGGCGCACGCGGCCAUGUUCGGCGUCUGGGUCGCCGUGGUCCGGGUCGCGCCGUUCGUCCUCCAUUACUUCUCCGACGAGAAGGAGGAGCUCAAGCUCGAGUUCUAGACGAUCCUUCUCUCUCUGCAUAGAAUUUUAGGUAAUCGAUGCGUCGCCCUGUGGAUCAUCUGUUCUUUCCGAAGUGUUUUCGCGGAUUCGUUUCUGUUUGGCGUUUGUUUUCGCCGGAUUUCCAGUACAUCCGUCUUUACAUUAGUGAAUUGAGAUGAUGGAUCGAAGUGCAACCUAAUCUUUCCUCUCAUUUCUGGGUUCAAUUUCUCUUGCAUCA